CCCAGUCCCAGGCUGGCAUGACUUAGGCACGCAGAGUUUGUGAAUUAAUGCCUGUGAGUGUGUGUACAGGAGGGCGGGUUACUGGGGAGGGUGACGUGGUGGGGCAGGCGCCUGCCAGUAUGGGGUUGACCCCGAUGGUGUGCCCAGCGUGGGUGUGUCUGUGAUUGUGGCCAGGCAGGGCACCCUCCAAGGGAGAGGAGGGCUUGCAAGUGGAAUGCGACCCCCCAGCCUCUUUCCCCUAGGGGCUGUAAUCUGAUCCCUGGGGACUCCCCCCAGCCUCCCUCCCUCGCUCUCGCUGCAGCUCCUUCUCUUCCAGAUCCUGGGGCAGAGUCCAGGGUGGCUCAAGGCUCCUCCACACACGCCCGCUGAACCCUGAGCUCCCUGAGCUGCAGGGAUGGGGCGGGCUGAGGCCUCCGCCAUGAUCCCAGGCCUGGCUCUGCUCUGGGUGGCAGUGCUGGGGGGUGCUGCCCCCAGCACGCCACGCCUUCGCCUCUCCUUCCAAGAGCUCCAGGCCCAGCAUGGUCUCCGGACCUUCAGGCUGGAGAGGACCUGCUGCUACGAAGCUUUGCUGCUGGAUGAGGAGCGUGGGCGCCUGUUUGUGGGCGCCGAGAACCAUGUGGCCUCCCUCAGCCUGGACAACAUUAGCAAGCGGGCCAAGAAGCUGGCCUGGCCGGCCCCUGUGGAAUGGCGAGAGGAGUGCAACUGGGCAGGGAAGGACAUUGGCACUGAGUGCAUGAACUUCGUGAAGUUGCUGCAUGCCUACAACCGCACCCACUUGCUGGCCUGUGGCACAGGGGCCUUCCACCCAACCUGUGCAUUUGUGGAGGUGGGCCAGUGGCUGGAGGAGCCCAUGCUCCGGCUGGACCUUCGAAGGCUAGAGGAUGGCAAGGGCAAGAGUCCUUAUGACCCCAGGCAUCGGGCUGCCUCCGUGCUGGUGGGGGAAGAGUUGUACUCGGGAGUAGCCGCAGACCUCAUGGGCCGGGACUUUACCAUCUUCCGCAGCUUGGGUCAGCGUCCAAGUCUCCGAACGGAACCACAUGAUUCCCGCUGGCUCAACGAGCCCAAGUUCGUCAAGGUCUUUUGGAUCCCGGAGAGUGAGAACCCGGACGACGACAAGAUCUACUUCUUCUUCCGUGAGUCAGCAGUGGAGGCCACGCCGGCCCUGGGACGCCUGUCUGUGUCCCGCGUUGGCCAGAUCUGCAGGAACGACGUGGGUGGCCAACGCAGCCUGGUCAACAAGUGGACUACGUUCCUGAAGGCGCGGCUGGUGUGCUCAGUGCCCGGUGCUGAGGGCGAUACGAACUUUGACCAGCUCCAGGACGUGUUCCUGCUGUCCUCGCGGGAUCGCUGGACCCCGCUGCUCUAUGCUGUCUUCUCCACGACCAGCAGCAUCUUCCAGGGCUCCGCAGUGUGCGUGUACAGCAUGAAUGAUGUGCGCCGGGCCUUCCUGGGACCCUUUGCACACAAGGAGGGGCCCGUGCACCAGUGGGUGUCCUACCAGGGCCGUGUCCCCUACCCCCGACCUGGCAUGUGCCCCAGCAAGACCUUUGGCACCUUCAGUUCCACCAAGGACUUUCCUGAUGAUGUCAUCCAGUUUGCCCGGAACCACCCCCUCAUGUACAAUUCGGUCCUGCCCAUGGGGGGGCGCCCCCUCUUCCAACAAGUGGGUGCCGGGUACACCUUCACCCAGAUCACUGCGGACCGUGUAGCGGCUGUUGAUGGAUACUACGACGUCCUCUUCAUCGGCACAGAUGCUGGCACCGUGCUGAAGGUGAUCUCCGUCCCCAAGGGUGGCCGGCCUAAUGCUGAGGGGCUGCUCCUGGAGGAGCUGCACAUGUUUGAGGACUCAGCUGCUGUCACCAGCAUGCAAAUCUCCUCCAAGAGGCACCAACUGUACGUAGCCUCUCGGAGCGGGGUGGCCCAGAUCCCGUUGCACCGCUGCGCUGCCCACGGCCGCGCCUGUGCCGAAUGCUGUCUGGCACGUGACCCUUACUGCGCCUGGGAUGGGGCCGCGUGCACGCGCUUCCAGCCCAGUGCCAAGAGGAGGUUCCGACGGCAGGAUGUAAGGAACGGCGACCCCAGCACACUGUGCACCGGGGACUCAUCCCAUCCUGCGCUGCUGGAGCGGAAGGUGUUCGGUGUGGAGGGAGGUAGCGCCUUCCUGGAGUGUGAGCCCCGCUCGCUGCAGGCGCGCGUGGAGUGGACUUUCCAGCGCGCGGGGGAGGCGGCCUACACUCAGGUGCCCGCAGAGGAGCGAGCCGAACGUACUACGCGGGGCCUGCUGCUUCGCUGGUUGCGGCGUGGGGACUCAGGCGUGUACCUGUGCGCAGCCGUGGAGCAGGGCUUUUCGCAGCCAAUGCGUCGGCUGGUGCUGCACGUGUUGAGUGCUGCGCAGGCUGAAAGGCUGGCCCGGACCGAGGAGGCUGCGCCCGUCGCGCCGUCGGGCCCCAAGCUCUGGUACCGGGACUUCCUGCAGCUGGUGGAGCCGGGCGGCGGUGGUACGAAGUCCCUGCGAAUGUGUCGUCCGCAGCCCGCGCCGCGCCCACCGCCUCCCGAGUCCCGCAGGAAGGGCCGCAACCGGAGGACACACGCCCCAGAACCGCGUGCUGAGCGGGGGCCGCGCAGCGCAGCGCACUGGUGACUCGGCCAUCCCCACGCUGGGGACUGGGGAGGUGGCAGCAGCAGGGAGAGGGGGCGGUCAGACCCUGGGAAGCAGCUAGGGCCCUGGCACACAGCGGUUCGUGGUGGAGGGAAGACACCGACCCGACAGGUCCUGGCCAAGAGGCAGCCAUGCUGGCUUAUUUAUUAACAGAGAAUAAUCCUUGAAUGUAACCCCGAUAGGGGCGGCCCAGGCUGUGCACAGGGUCCAGCUGGUCAGGAGGAGGCAGAGAAGCAGGGUCCCCGAGCAACGACCUGGUUGGGGGAGGUGCCCAGAAUGCCCACCCUGGCGGAAGGGCCCCCUCUUUGGGCAGUGAGCAGAAAGCUGUGAACAGGCUGGGGGGGUGGGGGUGGGGCAGGCCGACUGUACUAAUGCAAUAAACAUGUUAUCAGCUGAAGCUGGAACGGCCCCAUCCGA